GGUCCUAGCCAGAGGGGCAGAAAGGAGGCUCUGGAGGGUUGUGCUAAAGAAAAGGUCAUGUUCCGUCUGAAGACACUGGUGUUUCUGCUGUUACUCCAUGUGCCGCUUUCCAAGACCUUUCCUGUAGUUUCUGCAGAGAAAAAUACAAAACUCAUUCAGGACUACCUAGAAAAGUUCUAUCAAUUACCAAGCAACCGAUACCGGACUUCAAGGAAGAACAGCACUACUAUGAUUGUUGAAAAGCUCAAAGAGAUGCAGCGAUUUUUUGGGUUGAAUGUGACAGGGAAGCCAAAUGCAGAAACUCUAGAGAUGAUGGAAAAGCCUCGCUGUGGGGUGCCUGACACUGCUGGUUUUAUGUUAACCCCAGGAAGCCCCAAGUGGGAACACACUAAUCUGACCUACAGAUUUAUAAACUAUACCCCGCAAUUGUCAAAGACUGACGUGGAAACGGUCAUUGAGAAAGCCUUUGAAGUCUGGAGUAAGGCAUCACCUCUGACCUUCACCAAAACUGCACAGGGAGAAGCAGACAUCAAGAUUGCUUUUGUCCAAAAAGAUCAUGGUGACAAUUCUCCAUUUGAUGGACCCAAUGGAAUCCUUGCUCAUGCCUUUCAGCCAGGCCAAGGCAUUGGAGGAGACGUGCAUUUUGAUGAAGAAGAAACAUGGACCACAACCUCCAUAAAUUACAACUUGUUUCUCGUUGCUGCUCACGAAUUCGGCCAUUCCUUGGGGCUCUCUCACUCCUCUGACCCCGGAGCCCUGAUGUAUCCCAACUAUGCUUUCAACGAACCCAGCACCUACUCGCUCCCUCAGGAUGACAUCAAUGGCAUUCAGGCCAUCUAUGGACCUUCAAACAGCCCCGUCCAACCCACUGGACCAAGCACACCCAGAACCUGUGACCCCAGGCUGACAUUUGAUGCCAUCACCACACUCCGUGGAGAAAUACUUUUCUUUAAAGACAAAUACUUCUGGAGAAAGCAUCCUCAGCUGCCAACAGCCGAGCUCAACUUUAUUUCUCUGUUCUGGCCGUCCCUGCCAAAUGGCAUACAGGCUGCUUACGAGGAUUUUGAAAGAGAUCUGGUCUUCCUCUUUAAAGGCAACCAGUACUGGGCUCUGAAUGGCUAUGAGAUUCAGCAGGGUUAUCCCAGGGAUAUCUCAAACUACGGCUUCCCAAGCACUGUCCAAGCGGUUGAUGCAGCUGUUUUCUACAGAAGAAAAACAUACUUCUUUGUAAAUGACCAGUUCUGGAGAUAUGACAACCAAAGACAAUUCAUGGAACCAGGUUAUCCCAAAAGCAUAUCAACUGCCUUUCCAGGAAUAGAAAGUAGAGUUGAUGCCGUUUUCCACAGGGAUUACGUCUUCGUUUUCUUCAGUGGACCAAGAUACUACGCAUUUGAUCUUAAUACUCGUAGAGUUAUUAGGAUUGACAGAAGCAAUAAAUGGCUUAACUGUAGAUAAAGUUGAAGCAAAAUUGAAUGUGCUUUCAUCCAUUUUCAGAACACAGAAGUUCAGUUUGCCUACACAUUACGUUGUGUCCUGUUUACACUUUUCUCAACACUGUACUUUUGCCAUAACUGUAUUCAUUGGGCCUG